UUCCAGCCGCUGUCAUUCGGUUCGUAUUGUUUGUUGUCAUAAAGAUGGAGUUCUUACUGGGCAAUCCGUACAGCACUCCUGUGGGACAGUGCAUUGAGAAUGCCACGGAUGGCGGCCUGCAGGCUGAGGACUGGACCCUCAACAUGGAGAUCUGUGACAUCAUCAACGAGACGGAGGAAGGACCUAAAGACGCCAUCCGAGCGCUGAAGAAGAGACUAAGUGGGAACAGGAACUACCGGGAGGUGAUGCUAGGAUUGACGGUGUUGGAGACGUGUGUAAAGAACUGCGGCCACCGGUUUCACGUCUUCGUGGCUAACCGGGAUUUCAUUGAUGGUGUCCUCGUCAAAAUCAUCUCCCCCAAAACCAACCCCCCCACCAUCGUACAGGAAAAAGUCCUGGCUCUGAUUCAGGCCUGGGCAGAUGCCUUCAGGAGUAGCCCUGACCUGACGGGGGUGGUCCAUAUUUAUGAGGAGCUGAAGAGGAAAGGCAUCGAGUUCCCCAUGGCUGACCUGGACGCUCUGUCACCCAUCCACACACCACAUAGGGGUCUACCAGAGGUGGACCCGGCUGUACUAAAGUACAAAGCCCCCGUCCAGCCCCACGCUGCAGCCACAGCCACAGCUACAGCCACCCUACCCAAGCCUGCAGCCGCCCCGGCUCCAGCCCCAGCCCCCGCUGCUCUCACCCCCGUCCUACAGAUACCACACAUCCCCAACGUACAGGGCCCCAUCACCGCCAACCCUGAACAGAUCGCCCGGCUGCGCAGUGAACUGGACAUUGUGAGGGGAAACACCAAAGUGAUGUCAGAGAUGCUGACGGAGAUGGUGCCUGGACAGGAGGACUCCUCGGACCUGGAACUCCUUCAGGAGCUGAACAGGACGUGCAGGGCCAUGCAGCAGCGGGUGGUGGAGCUGAUCUCCCGGGUCUCCAACGAGGAGGUGACAGAGGAGCUGCUGCACGUCAACGAUGACCUCAACAACAUCUUCCUACGAUACGAGAGGUAUGAGAGGUACCGGUCGGGUAGAGCGGCUCAGAAUAACGGGAUGCUGAGUGAAGCCACAGAGGACAACCUGAUAGACCUAACACCAGGCUCGCCCGCUGUGGUCAGCCUCCGAGCCACCCCCACACCACCAUCCAGCGUCCCCCCCGUGGCCGCCCCCAGGGCUGGGGCUACAGGGGCUGCAGCCUCCCCUGCCCGGACCCCGGCCCUGAUCCAAGACCCUACCUCUGGCCCCUCAACUCUGUCCACUCAGCUCGCUGGCAUGGAUGUGGGUGGGGACAGUGUCAGUGGUACCCUGUCCUCUCUGUCGGGCCACAACCCUGGAGACGACUUUGACAUGUUCGCUCAGACCAGAACCAGCUCUCUGGCCGACCAACGCAAAAAUGUGAAGUACGAGGACCCUCGGGCCCUGGGCGGGCUUGCCUCGGCUCUGGAUGUCAGACAACAGAACACCACUGGAGGGCUGAGGGUGAUAGGGGAUGAUAACCCAGAGUUGGAGCUGCCCAUAGACAGCUGGCUUAUUACCCAAGGAAUGAUCCCCGUAUCGCAGUCCUCUGUCAUGGAUGACAUAGAGGAGUGGCUCUGUGCUGAUGUGAAAGGCGAUGGUUUAGAUGGUGAGGAAGGGGUGACGAGUGAAGAGUUUGAUAAGUUUCUGGAGGAUCGAGCGAAGGUGGUCGAUUCCUUACCAUCGCUCCCUAGUGAUGAGCCUGGUACCCCUAUCAGCGCCCCCAGCGGCACCCGCAAGAAGGCCGAACGGACGGAGGAUGCCCUCUUUGCCUUGUAGAGUCUACCCCAGGAAACCCCUCUCUCUGAGGCAUCUACAGCACCUAGGUACCCCCGGCCCACUUGCUCCAUCCGGCACUCCUGCCAAGCAGCAGUGUAGCUACUGAACUGAACACCAAUCCUCCUCCUGCAGAGGACCAUGCUUGCUGUCCGCCUGCGCAGCCGCGUUGCAUCAUAUAUUACUAUUGAGGUUUUGAUCCGUCUGUCAGUGUGGGAUAUGUCUGUAGUCUUGUAUCUCAUCUGCAGCUAGCUACCCGAAGGAGGAUAUAACCUAACAUUGUGAGGAUAGCAAACAUUACUGACCUGUGUCUGUCUGUUUUCACAUUUCAAAAGGGAAAACCCAAAAAUAUAUAGCUGCAAGCAGCCGUGGCAGGGUUCAAGCACUAUGGCACCACAGCAAAUAUCUGUUACACAGCUUUUAUAUUUGCUUUCCUCUUUGAAAAGCUUUUGUCAGCUUCCCUCCAUGUUAUCUUGUGUGGUGUGUACAUAGGGGAAGGAAAGGGUCCAACAUAAUAUUUUCAAUCAGAACCUAAGAAACACCAAAUAUUUGCGAUAGGUGUUAUUAAUACUACCUGUACAAUUGUAAAACAACCGGAUCAGUUGCAACAGUGACGCUUAGCUCUGGUAGUACCUGUACACUAUGUAAGUGUAGCAAGUAAAUAAGACUAAGAGGCUUUAAUGACAAAAACAAUUACUAAAUGUGUCUAUCACAGGAGGUUGGUGGCACCUUAAUUGGGAAGUCCGGGCAUGUGGUAUUGAAUGGAGCGGAAUUAGUGGAAAGGUAUCAACAACAUCAAACACAUGGUGCCAUGUGUAUUAAUGCCAUUCCAUUGGCUUCGUUCCAGCCAUUAUUAUGAGCCAUCCUACCCUCAGCAGCCUCCACAGGUGUCUUCUAAUAUUGGGCUAUUCGUCAACAUUUUCCUUCCCCUUUACUAUGAUGAGACCAAUUUAAUGAGCUUUAUGCACUUUUGGACCCUUGAACAUUUCAGUAUGUACAGUGGGGGAAAAAAGUAUU